AAGCUGGCCCCGGUGAUGCAGAAGAUCCUCAUGCAGAAGCUGAACCACUGCCUGCGUGUGGGCGACCUGCCCGCAUUCCGGCGCCAUUUCAACCUCCAGACGGUGUAUUUGCGCGGGCUUGAGAUUGCGCCAGCGGCCGGCCUGCUACCCAGCUGUGAAGGUGGAUAUGACGUGGUGGCGGAGUUCCUACACCAAAACGGUUUGAGGACGGUUGGCUCUGCCGACAGCGCUGGGUGGCGGCCUCUGCACUACGCGGCACUGGGCGGCAAUGUAGAGGUACUGCGAGGCCUGCUGGAGAAGCGCACCGACGUGAACCGGCGCACGUGGAAGGAUGAGCCGAUGUUUGGCUUUCCCCCCUGGAUGUCCGCAUUGGAUCUAGCAGUGUUUUUGAAGCACCAGGGGGCCACACGGUUGCUUCUCGAGGCGAGAGCCCACCUUGAGGGUGGCACUGCACCGGCUAUCCUGCAUGCGGCCUGUGGAGACAAUGCCGAAGGUAUCCGGCUGCUGUGUGCAUUGGGUUCCGGUCCGCUGGCCCGUAAUCUACUUGGCCCCAGUUGCUUGCAGUGCUCGGCGGCCCUUGCAGCCACAGAGGCCCUAGAGGAGCUGGGGGUUCAGGGAGGGCCAGGCUCGCUGGAUCUUUCUCGGGCGCUCUUCGAGGCCACGCUUUUGGAGGGCGGCACGGCUGAGCUGGUGCACCGGUUGAUCGCCCUUCGCGCGGAUGUCGACUUCCAGUCCAAUGUGCCACGUGACUAUAAGACACUUGGCCGGCUGGUCCUUGCAGCGAAGUCCUGGCAACACCGACGCGGCCGUACCAGUGCACUAACUGCCAUCGCCUAUCACUUGCAUGGCAGCACGCCGCUGAUGCAGGCCAUCAGGUCGGCUCAAUUUGACGGCGCCGCGGCCCUGAUCGCUGCCGGCGCCAGACUGGAUCUCUGCAAUUGCCGGAAGUGGACCGCGGCGGACUUUGCUCGCGGCCAGUCGAUCCCGCACUUUUUGCAGCUUGGCCUGGAGGGGGACCCGUCGGAGUGCCGAAGGGUGUCCUCGCUCGCAGUGUCGGCCGGCUGCUUCACGAUUUGA